GUGAUUUAUGCCAGCUACUUGUUGGCGCGCUUUUCUCCUGCGAUCGUUCGGCGGAUCUAGAUUUCCGGACAGGGUUUAAUAUGUCUGAGAGCAUAAAGGUCAUUUGCCGCGUAAGGCCACUUAAUGAUCUGGAAAAGGCGAACGACAGCAAAUUUGUUGUAUCGUUUCCUGGUGAUGGCAAAACGGCAAUAUCAAUUGGAGGAAAAAACUUUAACUUUGACCAUGUAGUACAACCUAAAGCAACUCAGUUAGAAGUCUACGAAAUUGUUGCCAAACCAAUUGUUGCAGAUGUUCUCAAUGGAUAUAACGGCACAAUUUUCGCUUACGGUCAGACGUCGAGUGGGAAAACAUUUACUAUGGAGGGGAUUUUAGGUGACCCAGUCUUUCAGGGUGUUAUUCCCCGGAUAAUACACGACAUAUUCAAUCACAUUUACCAAAUGGACGAAAAUCUUGAAUUCCAUAUCAAAGUAACUCUUAAAAAUAAUUUUUUAAUCCUAAGGUUUCAUAUUUUGAAAUAUAUAUGGAUAAGAUUCGCGAUUUGCUUGAUGUUUCGAAGACAAAUCUACCUGUCCAUGAAGAUAAAGAUCGAGUGCCUUAUGUUAAAGGAGCCACAGAACGGUUUGUGUCUAGUCCUGAGGAAGUAUUUGACGUCAUUGAUGAGGGGAAAGCCAAUCGUCAUGUUGCCGUAACAAACAUGAACGAACAUAGUUCUCGGAGUCAUUCAGUGUUUAUGAUUACCGUUCGACAAGAAAAUUUAGAGACACAAAAAAAACUCCAUGGGAAACUUUAUCUUGUUGAUCUGGCUGGUAGUGAGAAAGUUGCUAAAACAGGAGCUGAAGGCACUGUUUUGGAUGAAGCUAAAAAUAUCAACAAAUCAUUGUCUGCUCUCGGUAAUGUGAUCAAUGCACUUGUGGAAGGAAGCUCGCACGUCCCUUACCGUGACUCAAAGUUGACGCGUAUUCUUCAAGAAUCUCUGGGUGGUAAUGCACGGACAACAAUGGUGAUAUGUUGUUCACCAGCUGCUUUUAACGAUGCUGAGACGAAAUCAACUCUUAUGUUUGGUAUGCGCGCUAAAACGAUCAAGAACUUAGUCACUGUAAAUGAAGAACUAACUGCCGAUGAAUGGCGACGACGAUACGAACGUGAGAAAGAGAAAGUUAGGAGACUUCAAAAUAUUGUAUCUCACUUGGAAAGUGAACUGAAACGUUGGCGAGGUGGUGAGUCUGUCAGUCAAGCUGAAUGGUUUACAGAAACUCAAUAUUCAGCUGCCAUAGAUGAUACAAAGGACAUAACAGCUCCAGAUGUAUUUCCAACUAAACUUAUGUCAGAUAGCAUUUCAGCAACUACACCACAAGGUGUCCAACUAUCAAAUACAUCUCAAGCGCGCACCGCUUCACUUCCAUCAUCUCGUGUCGCUGCCAUUAGUGAUACUUUAAGUUCCACUGCGGGUGGUGUCGGUGAUGAACAAUUACAGUUACUUUAUCAACAACUUGAUGAUAAAGAUGAUGAAAUUAAUAAACAAGCUCAAACAAUUGCUCGUCUUCGACAACAAGUUGAAGAACAAGAUGAAAUCAUCAAUACUUUACGUAAAGAACGUGAAGGUCAACUGAAGGAAAUCACAAACCUCCAAGCUGAAUAUCAGUCAAGUAAAGAAGAGGUUAAGGAAGUUUUACAAGCUUUAGAAGAAUUAGCUAUGAAUUAUGAUCAAAAAGCACAAGAGAUUGCUUCAAAAGCAAAAGAAUUAGAAGAUGUCCAAGAAUCUUUAUUAAAACAGACAAGAUUAAUGCAUAGUAAAGAUGGUGAAUUAUCUCAAUUAAAAGAUACACAUCAAAAUCAAAAGAAGAAAUAUACUGAAAUGAUGUCAAGUUUAUUAAAAGAUUUAAUUGAUGUUGGUGAAUGUCUGAAUGAUCAGUUGACGAAACCAUCUGUUGGCGCUGAACGAUUAGAUGAAGAAUUCACUGUAGUUCGUUUAUAUAUAAGUAAAAUGAAAACUGAAGCAAAAUCAUUACAAUCCCGUGUACGUCAAUUAGAAGAAGAACGUGUUCAACAUGUACAAUUAAUGCGUAAAAGUGAUGAUGAAUCCAAAGAUCUACGUACAAGACUUCAUGCUUUUGAAGUAAAAAUUGCCACAUUAACCGAUAAAAUUGAUGAAUCCGAAUCACGUAAACGUCAUUUACAAGAAACUGUUGAUAAUAUGAAUGCAGAAAUAGCAAAACUUCGUGCCAAUGAACAAUUUAUGUCUGGUUCAGGUGAACAAAACGAAAAAAUUCUAUCUGGACAAUCAGCUAUACGAGCUAAAUUAGAUGAAGAAUUUAAACGUCAAUCAGAACAUUAUGCUGCACAAGUAAAAAGUUUACGUGAUGAAUUAGAUGAAAAACAGAAAAAAUUAGAAGAAUACAAAGAUGAAGCAAAUAAUUUCAAAUUCCAAUCAGAAAAAUCUCAAGAAGAAGUGACACGUUUACGUGAAGAAUUAGAGAAUAAAACUACACGAUUGGAAACAUUAGAGAAAACUACAGAGAAACGUGAACAAGCAAAAGAAGAUCUACGCGGUUUAGAAGAGACUGUUAUUAAAGAAUUACAAACAUUGCAUAAUCUACGACGUUUAUUCAUACAAGAUCUUAAUUGUCGAAUUAAAAAAUCUGCCAAUCGUGUAAAUGCGUUAACUGCAGCUGAAAAAGCCACUGCUAAUAAUAAUAGUAAUAAUAAUACUAACCAAGGUGGUAAUAAUACACCGAAUGCUGCUGGUGGUAUACCAGGACAACAACAAAUCUCUGAAAGUCUACUUAUGGAUGAUGACGAUGAUGAUGAACCAAUUCAAGUUGGUACAUUAGCACAACGUGAAAAAAUUGCAUUUCUUGAAAAUAAUUUAGAUAAAUUAACAAAAGUACAUAAACAACUUGUUCAUGAUAAUGCAGAAUUACGUUGUGAAUUACCGAAAAUGGAAAAACGUUUAAAGAGUACCUUGGAACGUGUACGUAGUUUAGAAUUAUCAUUGAAAGAAGCUAAAGAAGGUGCUAUGCGUGAUCGUAAACGUUAUCAAGUUGAAGUGGAACGAAUAAAAGAAGUUGUACGUCAACGUAAUGUUACAGCACGUCGUGGUCAAUCACAAAUAGCUAAACCAAUACGUGCUGGACAUGCUCCAAUUACUAAUCUUCAUGGUGUUGGUGGUGCAUCAAUUAAUUCACAACCAGUUGUACGACCAGAUCUUCUCGGUGCACCAUGAUCAUAAUACUGAUAUUAUUUUUGUCUGUGUUUAACGUUUCUCUCUUUAUCUGUCAUUCAUUUGAAUUCACUUGGUAUACAUAAAGAAUAUAUAUAUAUAUAUACAUAUUCAAUAUAUUGGGAAAAACUUGAUCUAUUCACUGCUUAUAUACACAGAUAGGAAUUCAAUUAGGUAAUGCGUAUACAUACAUUAGAACAUAUGGAACAAAUAUAUCAGUUAUGUAAUCGUAUCUAAGUACAACAAUACAUAUGUAACUCUUUUCAAAUUAUCAUCAUUGUUUUUUUUAAAUUUUUAAUCAUAGCAACUGCACAUUAUCUCUUUUACACACACACACCCAUACCCACACAUCCACACUAUGAGCCUUAUAAACAAAACAAAAAAUAUGUUUUAUGUAUAUUCAUCCCCCCCCGGUGUUUUGGUAGUCCAUUUCUUUCAUUGAGUUCACUCAUUCAUUAAUAUAUUUUGUUUGUUUGUUUUUGGUUUAUCAUUCAUGAUAAGUUAGCCAUGACUCUAAUCGAGUAACAAUAACCAGUUGACUGGACUAUUCUCUGUUAUUAUUAUUGUAUGCAUAGGUGUGUGUGUGUGUGCAAGAGCACUCUGCUUUGCUUAUUGUGCCUAUACUUAAAUGUUCAUUAUUGACUUUUAAAGUUUUAUUGUUUUCGUUACCUUUUCUAUCUUCUAUGACUUUAUAAGUUUAAUAUAGUUUUAUGUACUACUGAUAAAUAGUAGUAUUAGUAGUGGGAAUCGGGAUGAUAAUGAUGUUAUAUUUUCUUAUUUGAAUUUCUGCGCCAUACACACUUAUAUAUGCUGUGAAUUCAUGAAUUAUUCAUCAUCCUUCUUCUUCUAUGGAUGAAUUGUGGUAAGCAAAGAAAAACAAAGGUGAAGCAACGAUAAUGAUGUGUUUGGCGGUAACCAAAAAAUGAGAGUAGUAAUGAUAUCAAGUAAUCUACAAUAUGUUCACAUGAAUAUACUAACACACACACACAUUUGUGUAUGUAUCAUAUAUUUUGUUUCUUUUUUUGGUAUGUGCAUGUACGUGAUGUUGUAUACACAUUCAAUGCUUGAUUACAUCAAUAGGGACGGUUGUUUCCCUUUAUUGACAAUAACAAGUAAGAAUAAAUUGAUUCCUCUGAAUAUCGAUCAAACUCAAUUGGUUUUUUCAUCAGCUGUCUCAAUGAAUACUGUCUUGAUCAUCAUUAUCAGUGAAUGUGUAAUGCUUAGUGAACUAAUUAUACAUGCAUACUUACAUACAGUUUGAUGGCUUUAUUCUAUUUUGUUGGAUGUAUCUUUUGUGUACGUUUUCUCUCUUUGUUUUGUUUUUUCCUUCUUUCCACAUGAAAUAGAAGAAUAAUGGUUCACAUAAUAAUGAUAAUAAUAAUGCCGCUUAUUGUUACUGCUAGCAGUCAAUAAGAGAAAUAAAAUGUGAUAAUUUAAUCAUUUCGGUUUGUUGUUACAUCUUUCUGCCUGUUUCACGUUUCCUUUAUCAAAUGAUAUAUAUAUAUAUAUAUAACGGUGAAUAACAAGUCGUGACCAGUGCAGUAAUUACGACGCUCUAACCAACUAAGCUACCGGAGCACGGAAAGUUCACUUAUGGGAGUUGGAAAACCCUCAUUCCA